AUGUCUACGCUUGCCCUUGCUGAAGCCACGCUCGAGGCUGCACUGAAGUAUAACAUGCAAGACGCAACGUCUUUCCGUAAACAACGAAUGUUCCACCUCGCGUGCACUUCACCACUUCGGAUCUUCGCUACCGCAUGUCGCCACGGCUUAGAGGAUGUUGCUUCUGCCGCAGCGCUCGCACUAUCCAAGAAGGCGCGCGAGCCUUCAGUUGGUGACUUCGCAGAUGAGCUGCAUGAAUACAUGCGUCUACUCCAAUUUUGCCAGAACCCAGAGACGGCCCCCGAGAGUUUCUGUCGCGUCAAGACGACUCAACCUCGAAAUGGCGAAGAUGAGAUGCUAUCUAAAGCCGGGGAUAGUGUGGUGAUGGUGGAAAGACCCUCCUUGGACUCAAUGGAACCCGAUUUUGGUGGACCACAGCUGCGGAACGACGGGUACGUCAAGCUCGUCUCGCACGCCGAGAUCAGAGCACAGCUGACACGUUUUAUUCUGGUCGUACCAGAGAUGAUCGAGCGUCUGCGCGUACUCGAGAACGAGCCGAUUCAGAAAGACAACGACGCCGGACGCAUUGUUGCUUGCGCGACAUUCUUAGAGCCCUUCGCAACGUAUUUUGUCGCGCGACGCUGCCACUUGCAAGACAUCGCCACGGAAGCCGCCCGUCGAACGCUCGGGCUGCCUGUCGACCACAUGUCUUGUGUCGAGAUGGACGAUGUCUCUGCAACAGCAUAUAUUCAGCUGGUGAAGUACCACGAGGCGUGCGCUACAGCAGCUGUGAUGCUGAUCAAGGAUUACGACUGGCUAAAGUCGCAAGGGUCCGACCUGAUACCCGGCCAAUGUCUCGUCCCCACAUCCAAGCCACACUCGCUCAAUGUCGCAAUCGUACCCACAUGGACGCGGAUUCUCAUGGCGAAUUUGCGACCGCUCUUGCGCAAAUAUCCUUCGGGUGGCGUUGUUAUGGACGGCCGUGCGUUUGCCAAGACGGUGAUCGAGCUACACUGUCACUUUUUUGUCUGUGUCCGUGCACGCAUCUGGAUGGCACUCAUGCUGUGUUUAAGGCUUGUCAAGUUAUCGCGCGUGGUGUCGGCGACGCUGUUUCUCAUGUUUAAUAUCGGAAAUCGGGCAGGGGAGCGUCGUAGGCUCGAUGUAUCAAUCGGCUUUUCGCAGAUUGGCUUGUAUCUUUCGGAUGUUGAGGUACGGAUACUGGAAACGGAGAGGGAAACCCCCUCAGAAGGCGGUAGUGGCCCUACGAGCGGCUCAGCCGAUGCUGUCCUUAUCUCCUCCGACAUGAUUGAAUUUCGAGUCCACAGAGUCAUUCUGUCUGAAGCAUCCCACUUUUUCGAUGGGCUGUUUGCUCUUCCGCAGGAUGCCUCCACACAGACUCCGCACAAAGAGGCUCCCGUAAUUCAUGUCAGCGAACACAGCUCCGUUCUAGACCCGCUACUCCGAUACUGCUAUCCUAUGGCCGAUCCAGUUUUGACUAGCCUGGACAUAACGAUAGCUACGUUGGAGGCAGCGCUCAAAUACGACUUGACUGAGGCCACAGAGCUCUUGAAGGCGCAGCUUUCUACCCACGUGAAAGCUGCUCCUCUCCGUGUCUAUACGAUUGCCUGUCGACACAGGAUGGAGGAUCUGGCGCUGGUGGCGGCUCGGGAAGUCCACUGUCAAGAGAAACCGGCAGAGUUCCACCCUGACACACGGUCCAUCACCGCUGGCGAACGGUAUGCCCGGUUACUUCAGUUCUGCCACCACCCUGACAUACGGCCGAUCACUGCUGGAGAGUAUGCCCGCUUACUGCAGUUCUGCCGAGAAGGAAGCCUGCCCGAGCGCCAGACUUUCACCUCCAGCAGCACGACCGCACGUGUUCUGAGCGAAUGUGGGAAGGAUGGGGAAGGCAGCUCCGUCUCAAUACUGCAGUCUGAGACGGAGACUGCCGAUGUUAUUAUCUCCUGCCUAGACGGCGUCGACCUCCGCGCCCACCGCGCAAUACUGGAGUUGGCUUCUCCAGUGCUCAGGAGGAUGCUAUCUGACGCACCGAUAACCUCCCAGUCUACAAUAGAUCACCCUGCAAACCGCUCAGAUAUCAUGAUAGGUACUACGACCGCAGCUGACUUGACUGAAUCUCAUCUCACCAGAGGCGUAUUCACCAAUUCUCGAAUCAAUCUGACGCAAUCCAGCCGGAUAGUCUCCUUUCUGCUGCAAUUCUGCUACCCCUCGUCCGUCCACACGCCCAUGAUGCCCUUCGAUAUUGUCAAUGUGUAUUCCGCCGCACAAGGAUAUGACAUGAAGAAGGUAUUGGAAGCCUUAGAGGCGGAAAUGAGCGUCUCUCGGGAAUUAGAAGAAGAUCCUCUACUCGUGUACUUCCUCGCCUGCCGCUGUGGCUUCCAGUCUAUCGCACGUGCCGCCGCCAAGCGCACCUUGGGGAGGGAGAUGGAGGACAUCUGUCGCUACCGACCAGAAAUGGAGCUCGUUGCUGCACCCGCGCUUUACAACCUCACAAAGUACCACGCCGAGUGCACAGAGGAGGUCAUGAGGCUGACGAAGUCGUACAAUUUGCUGUUCAACAAAGAUGAUAAAGCAGUGUCGCGCUGCGCGCACUUCGCGAGACUGACGCGGCCGUGCUGGCUCGAGCAGCUUGUGGUCCUCAUUACCCCCACCCUGCGCAAGGACAUCACGGGUGCCACAUUGAAGGCCAAAUUUCCGGCUCUGUUAGAGAUCAUUUCGGACACCAAGGUUCGGUGCGACCGAUGCAAGGGCUGGGAUGUCGCGGUCGUCUUCUACCGGACCUGUGGCACCCUGGCGGAUGAGGUUGAUAAAGCUAUUUCGCGUGUGCAACUUCCAUGGGAGCAGUAUUAA